UGCGGUGGGUGCCUCUCGUCCUCCCUCAGUCACGGCUCCCGCUCGGCCCCCCCGCGCCGCCAUGUCCGGCCCCGGCAGCGGCGGCGAGUUCGGCAAUCCCCUGCGCAAGUUCAAGCUCGUCUUCCUGGGCGAGCAGAGCGUUGGGAAGACCUCGCUGAUCACCAGGUUUAUGUAUGACAGCUUUGAUAACACUUACCAGGCGACCAUUGGAAUUGAUUUCCUGUCAAAAACAAUGUAUCUUGAGGAUCGCACGAUCAGGCUGCAGCUGUGGGAUACAGCCGGCCAGGAGAGGUUCCGCAGCCUCAUUCCCAGCUACAUCCGUGACUCUGCUGUGGCUGUCAUUGUCUUUGACGUUACAACAGGUUCGGCUGCAGCUUUGGGACACAGCAGGCCAGGAGCGGUUCCGCAGCCUCAUUCCCAGCUACAUCCGCGACUCCACCAUUGCUGUGGUAGUUUAUGACAUUACAAAUUUGAAUUCUUUCCAGCAAACCUCCAAAUGGAUCGAUGAUGUCCGGACAGAGAGAGGAAGCGAUGUCAUCAUCAUGUUGGUGGGGAACAAAACUGACCUGGCAGACAAGAGGCAAAUCACUACAGAAGAAGGCGAACAGAGAGCCAAAGAGCUGAACGUGAUGUUCAUUGAGACCAGUGCAAAGACUGGAUACAACGUGAAACAGCUUUUCCGUCGCGUGGCUGCUGCCUUACCUGGGAUGGACAGCACACCAGAGAAGAGCAAAGAAGACAUGAUCGACAUCAAACUAGAGAAACCUCCUGAGCAGCCAGUAACGGAGAGCGGGUGCUCCUGCUAACAGGCCCGUUCCGUAGCAGCACAUUCCCUGACCGGCCAGUCUCGCUGAAGAACAUCACCGCUCAUUGGCUAGGCAACCCUACUUUGUGGGCUGAAAAACCAAUCUACUAAGCGAGCGAACUCCCCGUUUCCUGGUGGGGAGCAGCCCCGGCCGCCCCUCUCACUGCAUGGUAUGAGCCCCGAGUGCAGAAUGAGUGUCCUGUUGUUUGUUUUACUUUUUUAUGUUGUUGCACUUUGGCACAGUGGUGCCCUUCACACUCUCUCCCUCUCCUCCUCUUCCCCACUUUGAGCCUGUCUGCUCAGAUGUAUUUGUGAACGCAAUGGGAAAGCCACCAAGUUAGGGAAGACAAAAAUUAAGCUUGGGGGUGGGCUUUCCACCUUCCUUACUGCCUUGCAUCUUAACUAGCUCCCUGCCCACUCCAGUCCUCUGUCCUGCAUCCCCACUUCCUCUGGUGAAAGGCUGCUCCUUUUAAACCAGUGAGUUUGACCUGGCCUUGCCUUUUUGGACAAAACAGGUUAUCCCUUUCUAGGCUUUUGCUUCCUACACAAUAUUAGCUCCUCAGUUUCUCCUUUCUAUGGAUGGCCAUGGCUAACUCUUCCUCAUAACUUCUGAGUUUUGCUCUCCGCUCAGCCCCUCAUGUUCCACACAGCACUAGAAACGCCUGAACUCUGAUAGCUUUGGCCCUGUUGCUGCUGUGUGUAGCAGACGCAUCCCUCAGGCUGCUCUCCUCAGCUGGUAUAUCUUCCUGGCCAAAGGAUGCUGGUGCUCGGUGAGUGUUUGCUGUCGGAUGUGGGGAAGGAAGAGGGUACAGAGGCUUUGCAGCGUGAGGCUGGGUGGGGAGAGAUCCUCAGAGUGGUUUGUAGAGAGCUGGGUCCUGUCUGUCAACAGUGAAAGCACACGGUUACC